AUGGAUGCUUUUCCUGGAACCUCUAAAGCUACUUGUCAUGUUCGCUCAAUCAGUUUGCCUGCAGAAUCUCAUCCCCUAGCUCAUAGUGUUAAGCUGCAGUUGGGAAGGUUGAGAUCAUCACAAGAAACAUCCUCGUCAAAUUGCCAAAGAUUAAGUGGCCUCAGGAGUUUAUACGAAUGCGUUGACGAUUUUCUUCAAUUGCCACUCACUUGCCAAGCUCUCUCCAGUGAACAACAUCAAGGAACAGUGGAUGAGUUGUUGGAUAGAUCUCUCAGGUUGCUGGAUGUUUGUGGCGCAACGAAAGACAUUUUUUCACAAAUGAAAGAAUGCCUGAAGGAUCUUGAAUCAUCUAUGAGGAGAAAAAGAGGAGAAUCCAGCUUGGCAAGUGACAUCGAGGCAUAUAUGAUCUCUAGAAAAAAAUUGAGGCAAGUGAUCUCCAAGUGUAAGUCCUUCAGAAGUUUGAAGACAACGGAGAAGUGCAUAUCAGUAUCCCAAGACAAAGACACCACCUUGGUGACCCUAACAAGAGAAGUCGAAGAAAUCAGUGUUGCUGUGUUUGCAUCCCUCUUGUCUUCUGUUUCUCUGAGAACAAAAUCAAAGGGAAGUGGCAGCUGGUCAAUUGUUUCAAAACUACUGAAGUCCAAAACUAUAGUUGAUGCCAAUGAAAUUGGGACGAUAGAUGAUGAAUUGCUUGCCUUGAAGUCAAGCAAAGAUAUCCGUCUUGUACAAGUCCAAAAUGUACUGAAAAGUUUGGAGGCAUCACAGUCAAGUAUUCAAGAACUUGAAGACGAGUUGGAGUUUGCCUACAGGCUAUUGCUCAAAACUAGAGUUUCUCUCCUCAACAUUCUCAACCACUAG